AUGCUUUUUACUAUACUAAUAGCGACAUGUGGGCUUUCAAACCCUCAACAACUGUGGGAAAAGUACAAAAUUGAAAUGUCAGACGAUAUUUUACACAGAUUACAAGAACAUAAUCCGAACGUUACAUACAAUGAUUUCAUUUUUAAUGAAGCCCUAACAAAGAUAGAAGACCAAGUCAUAACUAUAACUGGGAAAGAUUUGUCAGAUUUUGGGAUGAGCAGGCUGCAAAGAACUGGAGAAGUUUGCAGUGAUAUAGUAAGAGAAUUGAGUUACGAUGCUGCAUCUUUACCACAACACAUAACAGAGGCUGUUCCACGUCUAAACCCAGAACAAAGAUUAGUUUUUGAAAAUGUUGUGUAA